GUCUGGUACAGGCGUGUCCUCUAUUCCUCCUUCCCCCGGCUUCAAUCACUUCCUGCUUCCGGUCUGUAGAUGAUCGCUGCCUCGGACCGCAACCGAGAGCUUUGCCGACGUGUGCAGCAGGAAGAAAAUCUCUUUACAACUACAUCCUCUUCAGUGAAGGACAAUGGUGUCUAAGCAGGCAUUCCUUUUCAGCUUGGGUUCCCUCUACCUCUCCCUCUUAUUCGUAUUUCUUCUUAUGGAUGUUUAUGCCAGGCCGGCCAAUAAUUCUGCCUUAAAAGAUAAACCAGUGGACAAUAAGGAUGAAAAUGAGAUCAUGCCCCCGGACCAUCUUAACGGAGUGAAAAUGGAAAUGGAUGGUCACCUCAACAAGGAGUUCCAUCAAGAGGUUUUCCUAGGGAAAGAGAGAGAAGAGUUUGAUGAGGAUUCAGAGCCAAGGAGAAACAGGAGGAAGUUGACAGCCAUCUUUUCAAAGGUGGACAUAAAUAAGGACAAACAGAUCAGUGCACAAGAAAUGCAGCGCUGGAUUAUGGAGAAGACUGAAGAACAUUUUCAGGAGGCGAUGAAGGAAAAUAAACUUCAUUUCCGCGCUGUGGAUCCCGACGGGGAUGGACAUGUGUCGUGGGACGAGUACAAGGUGAAGUUCCUGGCCAGCAAAGGCUUCAAUGAAAAGGAGAUCGCUGAGAAAGUUAAGAACAAUGAGGAGCUGAAGAUCGAUGAAGAAACACAGGAAGUACUCGAUAACCUUAAAGACCGCUGGUUUCAAGCUGACAACCCACCAGCUGACCAGCUCCUCAAUGAAGAAGAGUUCCUUUCUUUCCUGCAUCCAGAACACAGCCGGGGAAUGCUCAAAUUCAUGGUGAAAGAGAUCAUUCGUGACCUAGACCAAGAUGGGGAUAAGAAGCUGACUUUGUCCGAGUUCAUCUCUCUCCCGAUGGGAACCGUAGAAAACAAGCAGGCGCAAGAUAUUGACGACGAAUGGGUCAGCGACAGAAAGAAAGAGUUUGAAGGCGUCAUUGAUGCCAACCGUGAUGGCAUAGUCACAAUGGAGGAGCUGGAGGAGUACAUGGACCCCAUGAAUGAGUACAACGCCCUGAACGAAGCCAAGCAGAUGAUCGCUGUAGCGGAUGAAAACCAAGAUCAUCUCUUGGGCCUGGAAGAGAUCCUGAAAUACAGCGAAUACUUCACAGGAAGCAAACUGAUGGACUAUGCCCGCAACGUGCACGAGGAGUUUUAGGUUUCCACCCUUCAUCCGGAUUGUCCUUCCUAACCCCCUUGGCUGGAGAAGUCCUUUCUGUGGAUGGAGAGCUUUUUAUAUAGCCUAAUAGGGAGGAUCCACACCACUUUUGCUGCUACUCCUCCUGCGUGUUCUUAGUGUGCAGUAUUGAAUGGGGGCCGUUGCCUUCCCCCCCACCGUUUGCGACCUUCAUGGCAGAAUUUUGCACAUAAAUAAUGGCUUUUAUUUGCUUAGAUGAUUCUCUCAUCCUGAUCAUACAAUGACUCGAAUCACCUGCGGGAGGGGGGCGCCCUCUACAGCUUCUCUACGGCCAGUGAUAUCCGGCCACGCAAAAUAAUCUAAAGGACUCGACAGUGGUGAAUGGUGAACCGUCCGUGUAAAGUGUAUUAUAUAAUAGAUCUUUGUUUAUAUGAAAUUGAACUAUUUAUGUAUCCUGUCUUUACUUGUUCUCGUCCAUAUCAGUUAAUUCAUGUUUACUAUUGGUCAAUGGUGAUGGUGUCGAAAAUAAAAAAUGUAAAAUUAAAAAGCGAAAUACUAUAGAUGUAGAAUUUUAAGUUUAUUCUAUUUCUCUUGAAAAUAUUUUUUUCAACUCUUGAUUACAUCAUAUCCUUAGGAAGAUAUAGAAUGACCAAGUAGUAUAUAGCUGUAAUAGGACACUUAUAUUCUGCUAUGGAGCCAUACAUUAGUAUGUACAACCAAAAAUAGAAAAGAAAAAGCAGAAAGUGAUAGCACACCACA